GUUCACUGCGCCUGCGCGCAGAGUCGCAAGAUGGCGGACAGUGCGGAACUAAAGCAAAUGGUUAUGAGCCUUCGAGUUUCGGAGCUGCAGGUGCUGCUGGGCUACGCGGGGAGGAACAAGCACGGCCGCAAACACGAACUGCUGACCAAAGCCCUGCACUUGCUGAAGGCUGGCUGCAGCCCCGCCGUCCAGAUGAAAAUCAAAGAACUCUAUAGGAGAAGGUUCCCCCAGAAAAUCAUGACCCCAGCAGACCUGUCCAUCCCCAGCGUGCACUCCAGCUCCAUGCCGGCCACGCUGUCGCCAUCCACCAUUCCACAGCUCGGCUACGACGGCCACCCCGCCACGUCCCCCUUGCUCCCCGUGUCGCUGCUGGGACCCAAACACGAACUGGAACUGCCCCACCUCACCUCGGCCCUGCACCCCGUGCACCCCGACAUCAAACUGCAGAAACUCCCUUUCUACGACUUGUUGGAUGAGCUGAUCAAACCCACCAGCCUCGCCUCGGAUAACAGCCAGAGAUUUCGGGAAACCUGCUUCGCCUUCGCGCUGACGCCGCAGCAAGUGCAGCAGAUCAGCAGCUCCAUGGAUAUUUCUGGGACCAAAUGUGACUUCACAGUACAGGUCCAGCUAAGGUUUUGUUUAUCAGAAACCAGUUGUCCACAAGAAGAUCACUUCCCACCCAAUCUGUGCGUGAAAGUCAACGGGAAACCGUGCAGCCUCCCGGGCUACCUGCCACCAACCAAAAACGGCGUGGAACCAAAGCGCCCCAGCCGACCCAUCAACAUUACCUCACUGGUCCGGCUGUCCACCACGGUGCCCAACACCAUCGUGGUGUCCUGGACCGCAGAGAUCGGCAGGAACUAUUCCAUGGCAGUGUACCUGGUGAAGCAGCUCUCCUCCACGGUGCUCCUGCAGCGGUUGCGGGCCAAGGGAAUCCGGAACCCAGAUCACUCCAGAGCUCUCAUUAAAGAGAAACUAACUGCUGAUCCAGACAGCGAAAUCGCCACAACCAGCUUGAGAGUGUCUCUUCUUUGUCCACUGGGCAAGAUGCGUCUGACCAUCCCGUGCCGGGCGCUGACGUGCUCCCACCUGCAGUGCUUCGAUGCCACGCUCUACAUCCAGAUGAACGAGAAGAAACCCACCUGGGUGUGCCCCGUGUGUGACAAGAAAGCUCCCUACGAGCACCUCAUCAUCGAUGGGUUGUUCAUGGAAAUCCUGAAAUUCUGCACGGAUUGUGACGAGAUCCAGUUCAAGGAGGACGGAUCCUGGGCUCCCAUGAGGAGCAAGAAGGAGGUGCAGGAAGUGACGGCGUCCUACAACGGCGUCGACGGGUGCCUGGGCUCCUCCCUGGAGCACCAGGUGUCGUCGCAGCAGCAAUCCCACCGGAACAAGAAGGUGGAGGUGAUCGACCUGACCAUCGACAGCUCCUCGGACGAGGAGGAGGAGGAGCCCUCGGCCAAGAGGAGCUGUCCCUCCAUAUCCCCGGCGUCUCCCAUCAACAGCAAGGGCAUUUUAAAUUUACCCCACCAAGCUUCUCCCGUGUCGAGAACCCCGAGCCUUCCCGCCGUGGACACCAGCUACAUCAACUCCUCGCUGAUCCAGGACUACAGGCACCCAUUCCACAUGACACCCAUGCCUUACGACCUGCAGGCAGGUUUGGAUUUCUUCCCUUUCCUGUCAGGUGACAAUCAGCAUUACAACACCUCCCUCCUCGCCGCCGCCGCCGCCGCCGUCUCCGCCUCCGACGACCAGGAACUUUUACACUCCCGCUUUUUUCCCUACACCUCAUCCCAAAUGUUCCUGGAUCAGCUGAACGCGGGGGGAAGCGGCUCCCUGCCGGCCACCAACGGCAGCAGCAGCGGCAGCAACAGCAGCCUGGUGUCCUCCAACAGCCUCCGGGAGAACCACGGCCACGCCGUGGCCGGCAGGAGCGCCACGGACACGGCCUCCAUCUUCGGUAUCAUACCAGAUAUUAUCUCCUUGGACUGAUUCUUUUUUAUUUUUAUUUCUAAUUU